CGCGAAAGUGUCGCGCUGUCGGGCGAUUGCGGAAUAAGCGGGCGUGCGGGCCGAGCCAUGGUGAGAAGGAGCCUCGGAAGAAACGCCGUCGGAGCCCACCGGGGGGAAACGUGUGGGAGCUCAGCGAGUGCCCAGAUGUCCUCCGAGUUCCUCUUACGGGGAAGCAAAAGAAAGCAAGAAAAUAUGCGACUAUGAAGCGAAUGCUUAGUCUCAGAGAUGAGAGAAUUAAAGAAAAGGACAGAUUAAAGCCUAAAAAGAAAGAAAAGAAAGAUCCCAGUGCACUUAAGGAAAGAGAAGUCCCCCAGCAUCCUUCCUGCUUAUUCUUCCAGUACAAUACACAGCUGGGUCCACCUUACCACAUCUUGGUCGAUACCAAUUUUAUCAACUUUUCCAUUAAAGCUAAGCUGGACUUAGUGCAGUCAAUGAUGGACUGUCUGUAUGCCAAGUGUAUCCCUUGCAUAACUGAUUGUGUAAUGGCUGAAAUUGAGAAACUGGGACAGAAGUAUCGAGUAGCUCUAAGGAUUGCCAAGGAUCCGCGAUUUGACCGAUUGCCCUGUACUCACAAAGGAACCUAUGCAGAUGACUGCUUGGUACAGAGAGUAACUCAGCACAAGUGUUACAUUGUGGCCACAGUUGACCGGGACCUUAAGCGAAGAAUCCGGAAGAUCCCUGGAGUUCCUAUCAUGUACAUUUCUAACCACAGGUACAACAUCGAGCGGAUGCCAGAUGAUUAUGGAGCCCCUCGGUUCUAAUUCUUACAAGAAGAAGUUCCUCUGCUUUCCUUGUACCAACUUUCUCUGGUGCUGGUCAUUAAGCAUGCAACAGCAUGAAUCAUUCUCUUCAUCCAUUUGCUCUAUUGUGUCCUGAGCAUGAUUAAAUACACUCACUUUUUGAUGCUUUUUUAAA